CCUAGAGCUAGAACAUAAUAUAUAUUCGUUAGAACUUCCUUUUUGUCUUUAGGUCCACCGAAGCAUAUAUUAUCAGUUACGAGUUGCGACUCUUUUUAAGUCCACCGCCUGAACCACGUACCGAUAUGUUUCUAUCUCCUCUGUUCUUCUUUCUUAUCAGCUCACUUGGCAUAUAAGGCUCGAUUCAACAUCUGAUGAAAGAUGUCGAUUCAAUUCUGGUAUACUUAAUCAGACACUUAGAGAGAAAGGGGAGGAGACUAAACAGAUGGAUCAACACUCCAUAGACGUAGACAUACAAGUUUCAGUAGUGACAGAGAAGCUGAGUGAUCUACUAGCUCAGCAAGUGUUUGUUCACCCAAGACUAAGACGUGAAGUUAGAUGGGCCACCAAUGACCUCCAUGAAUAUUUAAGAAGGUUCAGAGACUCAGCUCAGAAACACAAAAUGGAUAAAGUGGUUCCCGAAUUUGAGUUGAGAGUUCUACAAGAUUGUUUUAUGGUGGACAAUAUUACUGAUAUUUUCCUCACCACAAGAACUAUGCAUUUUCAGAGACAAAAAGGUCUAAUGCGCCCUCUCAUCCGCUUCAGUUCAGUGUGGAGCCAAAAAUUCUUGAUGGAUGGGCUGAAAAAUAUCAGGCUUUCUUUUAUUGACUUUUGGAACAACUCCUUAGAGGAGCUCAGGCUCUCAACAUCUGGCCAUGACAUUGAAGAAAAUCUUUCAAGUGACACAACUUCUUGCUAUAGUAGUUCCCUCGACACUAGCUUAUUAUCAGGUGUUAUAGGUCUUGAGAAAGAAGAAGAGGCUCUAGUUGCUCAGAUGCUUCGGUCUGAUGAGCUUGGCUGUCAGCUUCGUGUCAUUUCAAUCGUCGGUAUAGUAGGCUGUGGGAAGACAACUCUGGCCAAGACCAUAUACAGUAGAAAAGAUAUAAAGGAGCAUUUCCAAGUCAAGGUUUGGAUUCAUGUGUCAAGAAGUUAUAGUGUUAGAGAUCUGUUGAUUGAUAUAUGCAAACAAGCUAUGAGUAUGAAUGAAGCAAAAGUUUUGUCAGAGGAAAACUAUUACAGUCUGAGAAAGGGUCUUACUACAAUUCUGGAAGAAAACAGAUAUUUGAUAGUCAUGGAUGAUGUCUGGUCAACUCACUUGUGGGAUGAAGUCAAACAUGUCUUCCCAGACACCAAAAGUGGUAGCAGAAUUUUGUUGACAACCUGUGAUAAUGAAGUGGCACGGGGUGGGAGUUCAUUGACCGAUCAGGGUGGUGAGUUUAUUCAGCUUAACCGGCUAAAUGACGAAGAUGUUUGGGCAUUGUUUUUGAAAAAUAUGAGAUGGAAUGAAGAUAGAUUUAACGAUUCGGAGUUGGCAUAUUUUAAGAACAAGGUUUUGAGAAAGUGUGAUGGUUCACCAUUAGCAGUCACUAGGCUUUGUAGUUUGUUACCAGCCAAGAGUUCUGACUACCAUGAACUGCUGAUAUUGAUUGAUGAUCAUGUAAGUUCAGGUGAUGAUCAAGGCCAUCAGUCUAGUUUCUCAUAUAGCUUGACUUUAAGCUAUCAAAACCUGCUUCCAAGGAUAAGACCAUGUUAUCUUUAUAUGGGGCUCUUUCCAAGAGCAUUUGAGAUCCCAAUUAGAAGAUUGUUUCGGCUAUGGAUUGCUGAGGGAUUGGUGAAACCGGAUUCGGGGUCUGCUCAAACACCUGAAGAUCUAGCAGAAGACUAUUUCAAAGAACUUGUCAAUAAAAACAUGAUAGAGGUAACAAGGAGAAAGUCUGAUGGACGCCCCAAGACUUGUCGAAUUCCAGGUAUUCUUUAUGAUGUAUUCUCAGCGAAAUCCAUGGCUCUUGGUCUUUUCUUUGUUCAUAAGUACACAGAUUAUACUUCAGUCACUUCGCCAAAGUUUCAUGUUCGUCGACUCGUGGAGUAUGUUGAUACGAAGAACUAUCCUUCUUCUGAUUUUUACAACCAACAUCUUCGUUCAUACAUAUCUUUCAAUACCAGGAGAAGAGAUACACCUGCACAUGAAGUAGGCAUCUUUCUUGAUAAGCUUACUGCUAAGCGUGGAUUCGGGUUGCUCAGAGUGCUCGAUCUAGAAGGUGUUUACAAGCCUAGGCUACCAGAGUCCCUUGGAAAACUCUUGCAGCUAAGAUAUCUUGGUUUGAGAUGGACUUUCUUAGAUUCACUCACUGAUUCAGUUGGUGGGCUUGUGUACUUGGAGACUUUGGAUGUCAAGCACACCAAUAUAACUACUUUGUCUACUUCGAUUUGGAAGGCCAAGAAUCUUAGACAUCUCUACAUGAAUGAGGUUCAUUUCGAUGUGUCAGUUCAGAAACGGCCUCGUGGCUCUCUAACCAACUUGCAGACCUUAUGGGGGCUGUCUGUAGGGAGCACAAGCCUUGUUGUGAAUUGGCUGAGCAAAUUGGUUGGCCUAAGAAAAUUGGGAUUGACAUGCCAUUCAACCAGAAUUCAGGCCAUAGCUGAUUGGAUUUCAAAACUUACUAAUCUUCAAUCUUUGAAAUUGAGAUCAAUUGAUGAAUUUGGUCAACCUUCAGAUCUCAAGUUGGCCAACAUGGCUCUGCACCACAAGCUCACUGACUUGUAUUUGCUUGGAGUUUUGCCAAAAUUAGCAGCUAAUGAAAUAUUUCAGUACCCACCAAACUUGAAAAUUCUUACUUUGUCUGGAUCGCAACUAGGCAAAGAAUCCAUAACAUUGCUAGGAAAACUUCCUCAUUUAAACAUCCUUAGGCUUUUUGGCAGCUCAUAUUCAAGUAGACAAAUGGAAUGUAUUUGUGGUGAUUUUGCAGAACUUGUUGUUCUGAAACUUUGGAUGCUUGAUGAGUUGGAGGAAUGGAAGAUAGAGAAAGGAGCAAUGCCCCAUCUUAGAGAAUUAGAGAUCAGACGCUGCCCAAAUCUGAAGCAUGUAGAGGGGCUAACGCACCUAACAACCUUGAAAGAUUUGACCUUAACAAAUAUGCCAUUGCAUUUUGUACAAAAUGUUAAGGCAAGCAUGGAUGAGGCUAUAUCUAUCACUGUAAAUGAGUGGAAGUUUUGAUCUAUGCAGUUUAAUCUUACCAUGCCCUCUCAAACAAUAAAUAAUUCAAAGUUGGGCCUUAUGAUCGGUUCUUUAUGUUUGAAUUCAUUUAUCAUGAAUGUAAGGGUGAUUUACAAGCUAACAUCAAAAUAAACAUGGUACUGUUUUGAUUUUUCCUUUA